CUAGUUUCCAAAACCUUCCUCUCUUCUCUGCCCUCACUUUGUUCAUCAACAACCUCUAAACAAAACAAAAAAUUCCCUUCACUUACCCUAAAGUCCUCAAUGUACCCCUUUGUCUUCACAUUCCCAUAAACCCUAACCGGAGUUUUAAAUGUCGGAGGAACACGGCGGAGGAAUGGCGGCACACGACAACGUCGGGUCAAAACGCCACCGUCGACCCAGCGUCAGGUUAGGCGACAUUGGUGGUAACCAUUUUUCUAACAAGGCUUCCAAGAAUAUAACUCUUGCCCUAGUUGAUACUAACACUAAUGAGAAUAGCAGUUCUAGGAAAAAGAUGAAUAAUUGGAGUAAUGUUGUUGAUGAGGAUGAUAACAGAGAUGUAAAUUUGGAUGAUGUUGCUAUUGCUAGUUGGAAAAUUAAGAGCUUGAAAUCCAAGAAAGGUGGCACAGUAACCAAGAAAAUAAGGUCUGGUUGGACUACCAAAGCUAAUGAUAAAAUGGUCAGUGCUACUGAUGUUCAAGAUUUGGAGAAUAAUGAAAAUUCAGGAGAUAGUCCACUUCAUUCCUAUGACAAUAAUAACAAGAUUAAUCAUAAUUUGAACAUGGGUAUUGACAUUGAUAGUAGGACUUGGAAAAUUAGGAGUUUGAAAUCCAAGAAAGGCACAGUAACCAAGAAAAUCAGGUCUGGUUGGGGUUCCUCCAAAGCUAAUGAUAGUGAAAAACAUGACAAAAUACUCAGCACUACUGAUGUGGAAGAUUCAGGACAUAGCCCAGUUCAUUCAUAUGACAAUAACAAAAUUAAUGAUAAUGUGAACAUGGGUGUUGACAUUGUUGAUAGAGGAAUUGGUAAUGUGAAUAGUAGGAAGAGUGUAGGAACUAGGGUUUCUGAGGAGGGCCCCACUGAUACUGAGAGGAAUGGGGUUAAGGUAUGGUUGAAUCAGUUGGGACUUGGACAGUAUUUAUCACUGUUUGAGAUUCAUCAGGUUGAUGAUGAGGUUUUACCAAUGCUAACAUUGGAGGAUCUUAAGGAUAUGGGAGUUAAUGCAGUUGGAUCGCGAAGGAAAAUGUAUUGCUCAAUUCAGAACCUCAAUAAAGGGUUCUCGUGAAUUUCUAUUAAAGAAAGAGUGGAUAUGGCCUAGUAAGGCUUUUGUUAGCUUAGUAAGUGCCUACUGAUGAAAUAUUGCGAGACAUUAGCAUUACGUGCAGCUUAACCUCGUAAUUUUGCAGAUUUUGUGUUUCUUUGUAGUGUAGGUGCAAUUCUGAUAUACUAGCUUGGUUUUGUAGUGUAUAGUGCUCUAACUGUUGGUAGCA